UAAACCACUAGUGUGCUCAGAGUAUAAUAGUGGCAUACUGCACCUGAAGAAUGGCUAGGCUAAAUCCAGCAUGACAGAGCAGCAAGUCUCUUCUAACAGAAAGCAAAUCAGACAGCCACCUUCAGUUCCAUUUCUAUGGGAAGAAAAACCAGGAAUACCUAAGAAAGAUUGGAAACCUGAGGUGACUGCAGUUAACCCUCCUCCACCUCCACCUCCACCACCACCACCACCACCACCACCACCACCACCGCCACCGCCACCGCCACCGCCACCGCCACCGCCACCAAUCAAGCUCAUUGCCUCCAUUCCUUUCACUUGGGAGGAGAAGCCUGGAAAACCACUUCCCUUUUUCUCAGGGGCACCACAUGAUGAUUCAUUGCUUCUGUUCCCUCCCAAAAAGCUUGUGUGCUGCUCUUCAUUAUCUGAUGCUGAGUCAAAGGACUAUGAAGAUGAUGGUGAUGAUGAACAUGAUGGGAUAUUUGAAUCGGAUUUCGAGGCAUUUGGUUUUGAAACUGAUGACUCCUUUAGUUCAGCUCCCUCCCUCUUAGCAAAUCGGCUCAUGUCAACAGUGGCUAUUUCUACUGCAGUUCCAGUGCAGAAAACUUCCUUGAAUGAAGAUAGCAAUGACCAGCCAGAAAGCCCUUCCUCGCCAGCUUCUGAAACGAACAGCAGUACAAGCAGCUAUGCAACUGGAACAACAAGCCUUGUUGGUUCAUCCUUCUUAGAUUGUCUCUUUCCAUUGUUUCCACCAAAUUCCGGUUUUCUUGCAAAGGUUGGGUGCCCUGAGGGCUCUCCCCCUCCACCUGAAAUACAGAGUAAGGGAUUGGACCAUGAAACCAAUUCCAGUGUCAUAGUAAAAAGGGCACCCACGCUUGGAGAACUGAUAAUGAUGAGCCGGAGAAGAAGUUAUCGACGGAAAGCAGUUCAAAUGAGAAAGCACAAUCUCUCAGUGGUAAUUUGCCAGCUCUCAAUUCUUUUAAUGACAUUUAUUACCUCCAACUACAUUAUGUCUCUUUAUUCUACAAAAGGAACUGGGAAGUACAUUCAAUCAACAGCUAAAACAUCUCCAAAUCAAGAAAGCAUAAAUUAAACAUUUCUAUUCAACUCCUAUGGCUCUAAGAUUAAAAAAAUAAUAAUAA